AUGACGAGAGACUGGGUUCUACUUACUUCCUGAGAUACAUUUUGGUUCCGACCAAACAUGAAUGGAAAAACGGGCAUGAAAUAACGAAUUUCUGGAAUUCAUUUCUGUUUAACUCUGUCAAACGAGACGCGAUCUGUAAUUUCGAAGCAUAACACAAAAAUAUCAGUGUUUGGGUAAAAAAGGAGUCGAACGUGAUCAUAUUAUUCGCCGCUGGUGCUGCCGAUGUCACAGAAGGCCACAUGAUCAUGGCCACCGAGUGGACUCCUCUAGCUUGUUUGUCAUCUCGCAUGCAAAGAAAUAAAGCUGAUAAGGAAUUGAAAAUUGCUCUUAUUGUGAUAAAUAUGCCAUUAGGUGGUAUGAUUGACAAGUUUAAGAACUUGUGUAAUAUUGCAAGUGUUAAGUCCUACACUGAUGGAGGCAGCAGCCAAGUUUUUAAUGUAGUUGGUGAGGAGCAAGAAAAAUAUCUACCAGACUAUAUCAGCGGGGAUUUUGACUCAGUUGAUCCAGACAUUUUAAACUUUUACAAGGAAAAGGGCGUGGAGAUAAUCCCCACCCCUGACCAGAAUGAAACAGACUUGACAAAGUGUCUUAGAAUUUUAAUAAAUAACAAAAGCAUUAGUGAGUUUGAUCAGAUUGUUGUUAUAAAUGCAUUUGGUGGACGUCUUGACCACACCAUGGCUAACAUGGAGAGCAUGUUCCACAUCACAAAGCUGACGAACAAACCCCUUUAUUUGAUGUCCGAGGACUCGAUGGCUUGUCUCCUCAUGCCGGGUUAUCAUAUCAUCCGCGUGAACACUGGUUUAGAGGGAGAAUGGUGCGGGCUUAUACCAAUAGGCGCCAGGUGUACACGUAUCACUACAACUGGCUUGAAAUGGAACUUAACUGAUGGUCAGUUAGAGUUUGGAACCUUGGUCAGUACAUCAAACACGUAUGACGGAAGUGAAGUUGUGACCAUAGAAACCGACACCACCGUUUUGUGGACCAUGGGAGUGAAAUGAAACAAAUAGUAAAUUAAAUAGACGUGUGCAACAUUGGAAAAAAUUCAGUGUACCUAAGAGAAUUUGUGAGGCAGUGAAGAGUCAGUUCCUUUGUUUGAAGAUGGGAAAAAGGUUAAUUUGAAACCACUUGAAGUCAGAGUUCCUUUAUUUUAUAUUCAAUUUUUUUUUUCCUCUUUUAUCCAUUUCCUAAUUACUUGCACUUUGCCUCGAUUAUUUCGCUUUUCUGGCGAAAUUUUACUGAAGUUUGUGCUCUGUUGAUUAAAAUGUUUUUAAUAACUUGGUGUACACCUUUUUUCAGCCGACCCACCCUUAGAAACUAGUGCUGGCAAACUCAUUAAACAUCGCGUUUAAAAUCCUGCUACUAUCAAAAUGUGGUGGAAAUCUUCCUUGAUAUCGCAGAAGGAUUCCCAUCUGCGUAAUACACGGUUCAAAAAUCUGUGGGAGUAUGAAACACUUAUGUUUUUAUUCAAAACAUGUCAUGUUUUUAUACAAAACAUGUCAUGUUGAGUUCAUUAAAGAUCAUAUCUUUGAAUUUGUA